AUGUCUCUCAAGAAGGAUUCCUUCCCCGCCUCCGCCGCCUUCGACGCGAUCAACCAGACGCUGCAGGCCGAUGCCGCCGAGCGCAAGGACGCCGUCGAGAAGGCCAAGGCCAUCGUCUCUUUCAACCUGAAGAACGAGAAGGGCGAGGAGGCCAGCUGGUACCUCGACCUGAAGAACAAGGGCGAGGUUGGCCAGGGUGCCGCCCCCGCUGGUGCCAAGGCUGACGUGACCCUCUCCCUCUCCGACGCAGACUUCGCUUCCCUCGUCUCUGGCAAGGCUAACGCCCAGCGUCUGUUCAUGGGCGGUAAGCUCAAGAUCAAGGGCAACAUCAUGAAGGCCACCAAGAUGGAGCCUAUCCUCAAGAAGGCUCAGGGCAAGGCCAAGCUGUAA